ACUUGGUGUCCAUAUAUGUUUGGGGGACAUUGUCAGCACAUUCUCUGUUAUUACCUGUGAUGCAGUUUUCCUUUCACUCUCAAGAUGAGUUUCAAUUCCUUAAGUUUUCCCUCUGAAAAUAAAUAUGCAGUAAUGCAUUCUGUGACUCAGGCAUUUGGGGUAAAUGGCUCACAUUCAAUUUAGGGUGAGUAGUCAUGCUGUUUAUUUUUCUCUAGCUAUAGGAAGUUCCUCUUAUGGGUUUGCCUCAUAACACCAAGUAAAAUGUAUAGAGACCACUACAGUUUAUCUCCUAGGCUUGAUUUCAACAUUUGUGUGGAUUUUUUGAAGACAGUCAAAUCAAGCACUGAUUUUGUAAAUUCAUACCCUCUGGCCCUCUUGUUGUUUUGUUUUGCUUUUCCCUUUCAUAGACCCUAACUCUACUUUUCUGCUUUAAGGCAAAGUAAACUGGUGGCCUCUUCCUCUCCACCUCUCAAAAUGAUAGCAGUCUCUGCAGUCAGCAGUGCACUCCUGUUCUCCCUUCUCUGUGAAGCCAGUGCCGUCGUCUUACUCAAUUCCACUGACUCAUCCCCGCCAACCAAUAAUUUCACUGAUAUUGAAGCAGCCCUGGAAGCACAACUAGACUCUGCGGAUAUCCCCAAAACCAGGCGGAAGCGCUACAUUUCGCAGAAUGACAUGAUCGCCAUUCUUGAUUAUCAUAACCAGGUUCGGGGCAAAGUGUUCCCACCAGCAGCAAACAUGGAAUAUAUGGUUUGGGAUGAAAAUCUUGCAAAGUCUGCAGAGGCUUGGGCAGCUACCUGCAUUUGGGACCAUGGACCUUCUUACUUAUUGAGAUUUUUGGGUCAAAAUCUAUCUGUACGAACUGGAAGAUACCGCUCUAUUCUCCAGUUGGUCAAGCCAUGGUAUGAUGAAGUGAAAGACUAUGCCUUUCCAUAUCCCCAGGAUUGCAAUCCCCGAUGUCCUAUGAGAUGUUUCGGCCCCAUGUGCACACAUUAUACACAGAUGGUUUGGGCCACCUCCAAUCGAAUAGGAUGUGCAAUUCAUACUUGUCAAAACAUGAAUGUCUGGGGAGCUGUAUGGCGCCGUGCAGUUUAUUUGGUAUGCAACUAUGCCCCCAAGGGCAACUGGAUCGGAGAAGCACCAUAUAAAGUCGGAGUACCAUGUUCAGCUUGCCCUCCAAGUUACGGAGGGUCUUGUACUGACAAUCUCUGCUUUCCAGGUGUAACGUCAAACUACCUGUAUUGGUUUAAAUAAGCUUAUCUUUUCCUCCAGGAAAUAUAAUGGUUUCUGGGAAUCAUAGGCAUAUAUAUAUAUUGAGUUUUGCACAUAUUAUACAUAUUUUAUCAUAAUCUUGUUUUCCUUUUAUUAUUCAUUGUAAAGAUUAGUGUUUAUCUUGUAUGUUUGUUUAAUCCUCUGAGGUAAUCAAAUAUCCAUGUCUACUUUCUAACCUCUAAGUCUAAAUUAAAAUACUGUGUAUGUAGUAUUGACAUAGUUGAUGCAUUCAAUUCCAAAGCUUGUUUUCCAAAGAAAUUAUGUUACAUUUCUAACAAAUAGAACAUAUAUUUGGCCUAUAAAUACACAUACAUAGAUGAUGUAAUACAUAGAUAAUAUGAUUUUGUAGUUAUCUUGGAGGAAUUUUUUUAAAAUCCUAAACAAUAUGUUAGGUGGUAGGACAUCUCCUGCACCCAUUUCUUUAAUAGCCCAAAACUGAUCAUUUGCAAACUACUAAUAAAACUCCGUGAUAUCUAGAUAUAAUAAUUUAAUUAAGAACCACAGAUUUCAUUCUGGAAAUAUUUUGUUUUAUUUGGGCCCACCAAAAGAUACUCUCAAUUUUUGUAAGGUUGAACAUAUUUAUUUUGCUUAACCUCUUUUAUUGAACCAGUAAUCAUGUGUGGAGUGGUUAUGAUGGGCAAGGAACUCUGCUAGUUAUGUUCUGAUCAUGCAAGGAUAAUAAGACAAAAUUCCUGUCUUCAAGAAGCUCACAAAAAUAUUCAGGAAAUAAUGCAGCCUAAUUAUUGGGUUGUCCAAAAAGUUUGUUCGGGUUUUUCUGUGACAUUACGGGGAAACAAGUGAACUUUUUGGCCAACUCAAUAUCUUGCUGUAAAAAUUUGUUAACAAAUUGAUUUUUCAUGUAAAUUUGAGGAAGGGAACCCAACGAUGUUCACAUGUAGGUGGAAUAGGUGAUAGGCCACGCCAUGUAAUAUGUAAGUCUCCUGGUUAGCAUAAAAUGUAGCUAUAGUGCUUGGAACUAAAUGAGGCAGGGAAGAAUGAACAACUGUGAGUGUAAAUAGUUGUUUUGGGAGGUGGAAAGCAAGACCUAAGUGAACUGACAAGGUCCAAGAGAAGUAAGAUUCGGGAGACAGGCAUGCAAACCCACGGAAAUAGCAUUACCACACACAC